AUGACAAACCUUGCAAACACAGUUCUGACCUUGAAAGGACUUAGUGUGAAAAACUUGGUACGCUUCGAUCUUAUAGAUUCUCCUGCUCCUGAUACCCUCGCUCGGGCCUUGGACGAUUUGUAUCAUUUGGGAGCACUUGAUGAUGACUGUAACUUGACAAAGACAGGUGAGAUGAUGAGUGAGUUUCCUUUAGACCCACAGAUGGCAAAGAUGCUCAUAGUCAGUCCUCAAUUCAACUGCUCAAACGAGAUUCUUUCGAUUUCUGCGAUGUUAUCAGUACCAAAUUGUUUCAUCAGGCCAAGAGGAGAAGCUCAAAAAGCAGCAGAUGAAGCCAAAUCUAGCUUUGCACACAUUGAUGGAGAUCAUCUCACACUUUUGAAUUUGUUCCAUGCUUUCUUGCAAAACAACCAAGACCCAAAUUGGUGCUGUACAAAGUUCAUCAACUACAGAGCAAUGAAGUCUGCAGUUAGUGUUAGAGAGCAGUUGGUCCGGAUCAUGUUGAGGUUUCAGAUUAAGUUGUGUAGCCCUGAUUUCAACAGCAGGGACUACUACGUCAACAUAAGAAAGGCCUUGCUUGCAGGUUAUUUCAUGCAAGUGGCUCACCUAGAACGCACUGGCCACUACUUGACUUUCAGAGAUAAGGAUGACCAAGUGGUGCACUUGCAUCCUUCCAAUUGCUUGGAUCACAAACCAGAGUGGGUAGUUUACAACGAAUACGUUUUCACUAGCCGAAAUUUCAUCCGAACCGUCACACAUAUUCGCGGUGAAUGGCUUGUAGAUGUUGCACCACAUUACUAUAAGCUUGCUAACUUUCCCAGUUCUGAGGCCAAACGAGUUCUUGAAAGGCACUAUAAGAAGAGAAAACUGUCAGAAGAGAGGAGUUGUAAAUUGUAUAGCAAUUCUUAA